AUGCAGAGCCACACCACCACCAACUGCGCGUUGGGCAUUGAGGAGCGACUCUCGUUCGUCUCGGCGACGAUCGACAAGGCGUACGACGAAGCCAAGACGCCCGGCGACCUCGAGGGCGGUGCGCUGCGCGAAGGCGGCGCCCCCGUCUACACGAGCAAGGAGGUGCUCGGUCUUCUCUCGCAGUACGUCGCUGUCGGCCUCAUGCUCGGUGCGCUCCCCAACAUGACGUACCCCGUCUUUACCGGCUACUUUCACAUGACGGGCGCGCAGUACAACUCGGCCAAGACGCUUCUCUUCAUUGGCUGGUCGCUCAAGGCGUUCAUUGGUAUGAUCUCAGACUGCGUGCCGAUCUAUGGCUACCGGCGCAAGUCGUGGAUGAUGAUUGGCUGGUCCGGCGCGUUCAUUUGUCUCCUUGUCCUCGCCUCCAUGAGCUUUGGCGACCCGUACUACCGCGAGGCAGGCGUGUCCAGGAUCGAGGCCAGUCUCCGCACGGCGGCCCAGAACGCGACCAUCAACUUGGACGCGCCCGUCAAAGGCGGUGUCGUUGCGCUUCUCUUUGGUGUCGCGACCAUCUCGUAUGUGUUUGCGGACGUGCCCGCGGACGCGCUCGUUGUCGAGUAUGCGCAGCGCGAGCCGGUCGCAACCCGCGGCCGCAUGCAGUCGCUUGUCUACACAACGCGCACAGUCUCGUCGACGAUUUCAACGGCCAUUGCCGGUUUUUGCAUGAACUCGCCGCGGUUUGCCGGUGAUUUCUCGUGGGACUUUGGCGUCAACACCAUGUACAUUUUGCUCUGCAUUCCGUGCUUUCUCAUGGUGCCAACGACCUAUUUUGUGAUCCGCGACACAAAGGCGCCGGCCGUUCCGUUUGGGCACUACUUGGGCCAGGUUUGGGAGCUGCUCCAGAAGCGCGCCAUGUGGCAGAUCAUGUUGUUCAACUUUUUCUACAAUCUCUUUGGCGGCGGUCUCUCGUCGACGGCCGCGACAUACGUGCAGCUGCACUGGGCCAAGGUCGAGAACCUCAACAGCCAGAUUAUUGUCAUCAUUUCCAACUUCAUUCUGGCCGGCGUCAUGGCCUCGAUUGGCAAGUGGGGCACCAACUGGAACUGGCGCAUCGUGGUGGUCUCGACGACCUUGGCGACGAUCGCGAUCGACUCGGUCGUGCAGUUUUGCACGUUUUACGCCAUUGUGCGCAACCAGUGGUUCUACCUUGGCGUCCCCUUGGCCGAGCAGCUGCCCCAAGGCGUCCUCUUCAUCGUCACGACCUUUGUGAUUGUCGAGCUCGCCGAAAUCGGCAACGAAGGCGUCGUCUACGGCCUUUUGACGACCGUCUCGAACCUUCCCGCUGCCGUCGGCCCCGUGCUCUCAAGCAUCAUUUGCGCCCACUUCCAAGUCGACGAAGACUCGAUCGUGAGCGACACGCCCGAGGUCCGCGUCCAGGUCACGUACACGUAUCUUAUCUACUACGCCGGGUUUCUCGUCGCGGCCAUGACAUCGAUCUUCUUGCCGACGCAAAAGGCGGCGCUCCACAACCUCCAGCGCCACGGCGGCAGCUACCCGAUCGUCGGCGGCUGCGUCCUUGUCUUCGUCCUCGCCGCGCUCGUCUUUUCGAUCACAGCCAGCGUGCUCUCGAUGCUCCCGUCGACGUCGUGCAUGGUUGUCGCGGGCGGUGGUGGCUGCGACCCGUAGAUAUUGUCUAGGAGAUAGGUCCAGUGUGUUAUGUUAAAUGAAAGAGUACUGACAACGUCA